AUGUCGAACGAUUUGACGGGAGAGCAGAUGCAGGCCAAAAUCACGGCUGCACGGAGAGAAGCCGAAGGCCUGAAAGAUCGUAUCAAGCGCAAGAAGGAUGACCUGGCCGACACCAGCUUGCGACAAGUCGCCAUGAACAAUACCGAACCACUCCCAAGAAUAGGCAUGAAACCGCGAAGGAAUCUCAAGGGACAUCUGGCCAAAAUAUAUGCUAUGCACUGGUCAACAGACAGGCGGCAUCUUGUGUCGGCCUCUCAAGAUGGAAAAUUGAUUAUCUGGGAUGCCUACACCACCAACAAAGUGCAUGCCAUUCCCCUGCGUUCCUCGUGGGUCAUGACAUGCGCAUACGCCCCUAGUGGAAACUACGUUGCUUGUGGUGGUCUCGACAACAUUUGCUCAAUCUAUAACCUUUCAACAAGAGAAGGUCCCACCCGUGUUGCUCGAGAAUUGUCCGGACACUCAGGUUACUUGUCAUGCUGUCGAUUUGUCAAUGACCGAAAAAUUAUCACCUCUUCGGGCGACAUGACCUGCAUGCUGUGGGAUAUCGAGACAGGUUCCAAGGUGACCGAGUUUGCAGAUCAUCUGGGCGAUGUGAUGAGCAUCAGUAUAAAUCCCACCAAUGCGAACGUUUUCGUUUCUGGAGCUUGCGAUGCCUUCGCAAAGCUUUGGGACGUCCGGACGGGGAAGGCCGUACAGACUUUUGCUGGUCAUGAAUCCGAUAUCAACGCCAUUCAAUUUUUCCCAGACGGUAAUGCCUUUGGCACUGGUUCCGACGACGCUUCCUGCAGGCUUUUCGACAUCCGUGCAGAUCGCGAAUUGAUGUCUUAUCAGGCAAUGCUUUGCGGCAUCACCUCAGUCGCCUUCUCUGUCUCGGGCCGUUUGCUCUUUGCGGGUUACGACGACUUUGAAUGCAAGGUCUGGGAUACACUCCGUGGUGAUAAAGUGGGCUCUCUCAACGGCCAUGAAAACCGAGUUAGUUGUCUUGGUGUAAGCAAUGAUGGCAUCAGUCUAUGUACUGGGUCCUGGGAUUCUCUCCUCAAAGUUUGGGCUUGGUAA